AAUCCGCUAUAGUCGCGACGCUUGAUCUUAUCUUCUUCCAACCGUCAGCCUACAACCCACAAAACAACCUCUUCCGCAACGACGGCAAACCACCCUAUACCACCACAGCCAAAUGACAACCGACUCGGAUGCUCUGCAGUUCAAAGCCGCAGCAUCCCAGCAACUCAAGCUCCACGAUGACACCAACGACACCCAAUCACCAGAGGAAACCCUCCUGAUAACCUCCCCCUACAACUCCCCAACCCACCUCCUCGACCUAACAACCCUCGACACCGCAAACCAACUCUUCGCCAAAGCCCUCACCAUCUUCACCCCCAUCCGCCCCGACUACGCCACAGCCCCAUAUCUCGAGUCCUUCAACUGGACCGCCGUAUUCACAUUCCUCCGCGAACUCGCCUCAGCAGAAGGAUACCACUUCCCGCGAACAAGUUUCUACGUUGUCGCGUUCCGGUCGAGAUUAUUCCCCGAUGCGGAUGGAGACCGGUUAGGUCUGUUAGACGACCAUUCGCAUCGGGAGGCGACAGAGAGCGGGGGAUUGUUGAAGUAUUGGUUUGGGAGCAAAGAUGGGGAGCAUCGGAAUUUAGCGACGUGUCUUUGGAGGAGUCGAGAGGAUGCGCAGAAUGGGGGGACGGGACCGUGGCAUCAGAAGGCGAGAGCGGCGGGGAGGGAGAUGUAUGAGAGGAUUGAUUUUAAGACGAUGGAGUUGGUUGUUGAGGAUGGUGUGUCUGGGUGGGAGAUGAGGGGUUGGAGUUGAGUCAGUCAGUUGUAUAUGAGUAUGACAGCAUAGCAUAGCAUUUGAUACCCUAGCGUACAAAUAGAA